AUGACCAUGAGCUCCGUAGCCGAAAGCCUGCUGGGACCCGACCCCUCGAAAGCCGCUUUCCUGGAACUCGCCCACCCCUCACCGCCUCACUACCCGCUCCACGGGCUCCAUCCCACCGCUCACCCCCAGCACGACCCAGCGCCUUUCGCUUCCUACGGGCGACCCGGGCCCUACCCCUAUUCCAGCGGUGCCCCCCCGCCCCCUCACGGAGGUCCCUACCUGCCCUACCCGGCCCCCAGUGCUCAGCAUCCCCCGGCCGGGCUGGCCCCCGGCAACCGGCUGCAGGACGCAGCCCACGAGAAGCCCCCGGCCCUCCCCAGCGGGGAGCUGCGCAUCAACGGCAAGGGGAAGAAGCUGCGCAAGCCGCGCACCAUCUACUCCAGCCUGCAGCUGCAAGCCCUCAACCAGCGCUUCCAGCAGACCCAGUACCUGGCGCUGCCCGAGCGAGCCGAGCUGGCUGCCCAGCUGGGGCUCACCCAGACCCAGGUGAAGAUCUGGUUCCAGAACAAGCGCUCCAAGUACAAGAAGAUCAUGAAGCAGGGCUCCAGCCUGCCCGACGGGGAGCACCUCCACACCACCACCACCUCCCUCUCCCCCUGCUCCCCCAACAUCCCCCCGCUCUGGGACAUCCCCCUGCCGGGCAAAGGGCCCCCCCUGGCCCCCAGCAGCUACAUCAACAGCUUUGGAGCCUGGUACCAGCCACAUCCACAGGACACCAUCCCCCGGGCUCCCAUGAUGUGA